AUGACCAAUUUGGGAAAUGAAAAUGAUUUAUUGUGGACUCCUGUGUUACUCUUACAUGUUGCUUACUCUAGUAGGGCCGGAAGGCAAGUGAGACUGCUUCAAGUAAAACAACUCCAAGCUUCCAAGAAACAGUUAAGAGAAGGCCGAGACGAGCAGAAACACCCCUUCACCAACACUCACCCGGUUGCCAUGGACCUGCAUAAGCAGUGGGGGAACACAGAGACUAGCUGGCACAAGGAAAAGAUGGAGUUACUGGACCAGUUUGACAAUGAAAGGAAGGAAUGGGAAAGCCAAUGGAAGAUCAUGCAGAAGAAGAUAGAGGAGCUUUGCCGUGAAGUAAAGCUUCGGAGGAAAAUCAACAUGAAUGAACGUGCUAAGGUCAUUGAUCUUGAUCGUGAGAAGGCCAUUCAAGAUGAAGUGGUGGGCUCGACUCCAGAUUACCCCAAUUCAGGACAAUAUGACCAGAAGGAAGGUGAGGCCUGGCCUGACCUGAGGACUUCCAAGGAAGAGAGCAGGGGCUGUUCUGGUGCCCUCAAUACGGCUCUUGAAGAACUUGCCAAAGUUAGUGAAGAAUUAUGCAGCUUUCAAGAGGAAAUUCGAAAACGUUCAAACCACAGAAGGAUGAAGUCAGAUUCCUUUCUCCAGGAAAUGCCAAAUGUAAUUAAUAAGCCUCAUGGAGACCACAUGAUCAACAAUGGCCAGUGCAUGCUUCCAAUCUAUUUAGAAAAAGAAAAGCAGAAAAAUAAAAAGAAUCUGAGCUGUACCGAUAUGCUCCAAAGCAAUAUUAUGAAAAAAUAUGGAAUUGAUACAAUUGAUCUUCAAAGGAAUGAAACUCCACCAGUUCCUCCUCCAAGAAGCACAUCUCGAAAUUUCCCCAGCUCAUAUUCUGAACAAACCUAUGAAAGCGUGAAGGAAAGUUUAGAUCGCCACACUCAGGUGGCCCAUGAGGGUCAAGACGAAAGGAACCACAGUCCUCAUUUCCUCCUGAGGCACGAUGAGAUGCCCACACUGUGUCUAAAUGAAGGGAAGACUUUGAGAGAUGGUAUUAUGUUUUGUUCUUUGGCACCAGAAGCCAAAAUAGAUAACAAACCUCCAUGUACUGAAAAUGUUGGACUUGGCAUGUGGUCAUGUGACACUGGGAUAGCUGGAAAAAACUGCCCCUCUACCUUGUGGUUUCAGAAAACUUGCUCCACUCCCAAUAAGUCAAAAUAUGAAAAGAUGAUCCUAGAUCACCCUGCUAAGUCUCAUCCUGACCUUUAUAUAAGUGAUGGCUGCAGCUCCUCAGUGACACAGAGCAAUAGCCCACCUAGAAGCUUCAGUUGUGGCUUUGGAAGGACUCCUAGGAAUGAAAAGCUGGCAGCAAAGACUGAUGAAUUUAAUAGGACUGUAUUUAGAACAGAUAGAAGCUGUCAUGCAAUACAGCAGAAGCAAAGCAACUCAGACUCAUCUCACGAUACUAAGCCCUGUGAUACCUUAGUUCCAGGUAACAUAUCAGAAAACGACAGUGUGUCUGAUAUUCUGAAAACCAGUGCCCACAUGCCUGUGCCCAGGGAAAAUGUACCUGAUAACCCCACCAAAACAUCCACACAGGGCCUAGUCAGACAAACGCAGGAGCAUGUAAGUCCCAGAGGUUACAGGAAUAUGCUUCACGAGCAUGACUGGAGACCCAGUAAUUUGUCUGGCCGACCAAGGUCAGCUGACCCCAGAUCAAAUUAUGGCGUUGUGGAAAAGCUGCUGAAAACCUAUGAGACAGCAACAGAGUCUGCAUUGCAAAACUCUAAAUGCUUCCGGGAGAAGCGGAUCAAAUGCAAUUCAGAUGUCAGUGGUGGCACCACGUUCAGUCAGCAUUUAGACAUGCUCCAAAUAGAACAAGAACUUCAGCAAAAGACAGCUAUGUGUGGGGCACAGCAAGUGAAGCAAGGAGUAGAUUGGAAAAAGAUGACAGAGGAAUCCAUGGUAGUUCAGUCCUCCCAUGGAAAAGGAUUUUCCCGACCUGCUCGACCAGCAAAUCGCCGUCUCCCAUCCAGAUGGGCAUCGAGGUCUCCAUCAGCACCCCCCACCUUGCGGAGAACUGCCCCCAGCUAUGCCAUAUCUCUGAGAUCUGAAGCAUCGAUGAUCUGA